AACAAAAAAUAAAUGGUAAACACCGAAUCAGCAUUCACAAUAUUUUGCUAAAAGUAACUGAACCUUUCUGAAAAUUAUCAAAAGUACAAAAAAAGGAAGGAAAAUGUUAGAUAGACCGUCGCUUAUUAUCUUAUAUUUUGUUUUAUGUACUAUUAGCUGCUAUUUUUGUGAACAUUAUUGCAGCGGCGCCGAAAACACGUGUAAAGAAGAUAAAAAUAAAUAUAGUAGAGAUGUAAAUGAGUGGACUUCUAACUUAAAGAAUGAAAUAAAACGAGCCUUAGAACAAUAUGCUCCUUGCAAGAAAGAAAAUUGUAGCUGUCAUAGAUCAGUAAUUGAUAGUGAUCUGGCUCCAUACCAGGAUGGUAUAACCAAUGAAAUGUUCAUCUCAGCUCGAGCAAAGGGUACCAAGUACCAGGUCAUAGAUGGCAAGUUGUACCGAGAGGAAAAUUGCCAUUUUCCAGCCAGGUGUGCUGGUGUUGAACAUUAUAUGAAAUCUUUGAAUUUAAAGAAGCUCUCAAAUAUGGAAGUAUCCAUUAAUACUAGAGAUUGGCCACAAGUUAACAAACUUUGGGGCCAAAAAAAAGCACCAGUGCUCUCUUUUAGUAAGACACAAGACUAUUAUGAUAUUAUGUAUCCUGCUUGGAGCUUUUGGGAAGGAGGGCCAGCCAUAGCACUAUACCCCACGGGUAUAGGACGAUGGGAUGAACAUAGAAAAUCAAUUUCCCUUGCAGCCAAAAAGAGCCCUUGGGAUAAGAAAAAAGCAAAAGCAUUCUUCCGAGGUUCAAGAACUAGUGAAGAAAGAGAUGCUUUAAUAUUACUAUCUCGUUCUAAACCUGAUCUUGUAGAUGCACAAUAUACCAAGAAUCAGGCUUGGAAGUCAGAUGCAGAUACACUACAUGCUCCUGCCGCCUCAGAAGUGUCCUUUGAAGAUCAUUGCAAAUAUAAAUAUCUGUUUAACUACAGAGGCGUAGCAGCUAGUUUCAGAUUUAAACAUUUAUUUCUAUGCAAAUCCUUGGUUUUUCAUGUCGGUGAUGAAUGGCUAGAAUUCUUCUAUCCGUCACUGAAGCCUUGGGUGCAUUAUAUACCAAUUAGCCCAAAGGCAAGCAAAGAUGAAAUUCAACAAGUCAUAGAAUUCUUUAAAGCUGAGGAUGCACUUGCAAAGGAAAUAGCAGAUAGGGGAUUUCAACAUAUUUGGGAAAACUUAGAUGAUGAUGAUGUGAAAUGUUAUUGGCAAAUAUUAUUGAAGAAAUAUUCUAAACUAAUAAAAUAUAAAGUUGUAAAAGAUAAAGAUCUGAUAGAAAUAUAAUUUCGUAUAAGAUUUG